GGCCGUACCAGGGCAUUUGGAGGCACCAUGUUGAUUGGGAGACAGUUACCCAUCAUUAGUGUCCAUAGACAGUUGCACAAUAAUGCGAACUUAUUGAAGUUGGAUAUGUAAACCAGCAGAUAUCUAAUCAUUAGUCUAAAUGUUACUCGCUUUCAUUAAGCCCUGAAAAUCCUCAAUGGAGUCGUUGACAAGCACCGUUAAAGAGUCUCAUACUAAAACGAAAUAGAUAUCCAAUGCUUCCCAGUAUUUUAUGGUUAUCUAAUUAUAAUUAAUUCAUGAUGUAAAGUAUUCCAAUAUACUUUUGCAUUUCCUUACUAUUCUAUUCAUCAAAAUAACUUACUGCCUUUCGUUAAAAUAUUGUUUAUUGUUUCUUACAUUACCAAUACAUCUCUCCCCUAGUGUGCUUGCUUAAUAAUAUUUAAUAAUAUUACUAACAGUAAUGGUUCCCAUAUAGACUAGAUGGAAUGUGCCGCCUAUCGAUGGAAUCCAGGACUCACAUUUCGUCCUAUAUGGGACUCGUCCGUUGAGUGCACCUGCCAUAUCGCAGAGUUGAUGUUUACUCCGGGCCUCGAACCCCUUACAGUACCGUUUGCUCCAAACGUCAUUGCGGCCCUGUCAUUUUCAAAUAUAGAAAUAUCUUAUCAAUUAUACAAACACUAUAUCUGUUUGUAUGUCUGUAUGAGAAUCAUAAUCGGAAUACUUGUUCUAACUGGUGCUAAAUCAUGUCUAAAAAAAACUGAAAAAACCUAUACAACCUCCGCAGCCGCUCACUUUCUCAAUUAUCUGUUCAUUACUGAGUAGUUUUGAAAUAACCUUGUGAUAAUUUUUGAUUACUAAAUUACAACGAUGUCAAAAGUGAGACUUUCAUCACCCAUGACAUUGCAUGAUCAUGAUCCUACUAUAUCACUAGUUGAGUGAAGUUGAAAAUUUGGUUUCAACUUAAUGGUCUGAAUGUAACACACUCAUUAAAAUUCUCAAAAGUCCUGGAUUCAACCUUUAUGUAGGUCACAGACAAACCUCACUGAACAGUUACGCAAUACUGAGACGAAAAUACUUUCCAAUAGUUCCUUAUUCUCUCUGUUACCAUAGUUGGUUUUAAUCCAUAACUGCCUGUUACUACCUAAAAAUAGGUAACUAACAGAAAAUAUUGCAUCAAAGUUAAUGAACAUUUUACCAUUGAUUGACCACUGAGUUAGGACUAGUUUCAUGUAUGUCAAAUCUUACCUAAUGUCGAUCGAGUAAUAUUUCCGACUGUAAAGCUGGGCAACAUGUGAUCGAAUCUAUCAGGGACCAUCAUCCCUCUUACGAUCACAAAUACAUCUUAUUUACAAGUAGUGUUGGAUAGCACGAAACCGAAGUCAAGAAGUAUUUAUUGUUGACAAUCUACAACUACCAUAUUACAUGAAUAUUUUCUUAACAAAAUGUUACAUUUUUCAGCCAUUGAUGUCAUCAACAUUCCAUAUUCAACACCAACAAUCCAUAUAUGUACUCUGAUUAAUGAGUUUUCUUUUUCAACCUUUCUUUUGUAUUCUAUAUUCUGAUGGUUUCAAUUCAUAGGAACCUUUUUACUAUUCAAAUGUCAUUUAUUAUAUCUGAUACAUUUUGUUAAUCCUUGUUUGUAUUUUCUUUUUCUUUCUCUCUGUCUCUCUGAUAUUAUCAUGUUGUGUAUAUUAUUUUUACAAAUAGAUGUUCAAUUACCAGUAUUUUGGCGCCCUACAGAUAUUUUUAAUAUAAUGAAUAGAAAAUCUUUAGUGAAAGUUGAAGGACCUCGAUUAUACACUAUAAAUCUUGCAUUAACGCUUGAUUAUCAUUUAUUUUCAUCGUUUGGUCAUAAUCUGGAACGUAGUAUUCAUUAUUUAAGUAAUGUGUUAAAUCAAGUAACUAAGUCAUUUCAGCAUGUUCCUGUUGAAUUAUAUUUGAUUCAAUCAGAAAUAUGGACUCUAAAAGAUUUAAUUCAAUCAAAUGUUAGCAUUAAAACAACAUUGAAUAAUUUUGCUCAUUUCAUUAUUAAUCGUCGUAGAAAGUAUCAUUCAUCGAUGUUUGUCAAAAAUAAUGUUGUUAAUAAAACUAAUGUGGUAAUAAUGAAUCCUUCCAUUGGAAAUGAUACAUUUGGGCGUCAUCGUAUUCAUCGACGAUCAAUUAAUGCUGAUGAUGAUGUUCUUCGUAAAACUUCUUCAUCCACCUCAUCAUCAUCUUUAAAUAAUCCAUCUCUGUAUACAAAGCAUUUUGAUGUACAGUUAUUACUCACUGGGAGAAGAUUUACUGAUCCAGUAGAAUAUAUAGCCAUACCAGAUAGUAUAUGUACACCAAGAGCUGUAGGAAUAAUUCAAGUUAACAAUACCGAUAUGGAUUAUCACGUAUCUAGAUUAAUCUCUUUGGCUAUUGCAGAAAUUCUUGGCAUUAAAUCAUUUCCAUGUCCUCCAUUGUACAGUUGUUAUUCAUUCGAUCUAUUUUCGGACGGUGAUAAUUCACGUCUUCGACUUGCUUUAUCAUCUGGUAUGGCUGAUUGUUUACUACAAAAUAUUGCUGUAACAAAGGAUUCCAAAUCUUUUAUUGAUACCUGUGGUAAUGGUCAAAUUGAUCGUGGUGAAGAAUGUGAUCCGAUUGUUCGUCGAACUCUAAGUUAUUCUUCAAACUUUACUAAUCCAAUGUCUUGUUGUAAUUUGGAUACAUGUUUAGCUUCUGUAUGGGCUGUAUGCACACAUGGUCCAUGUUGUCAUCAAUGUCGUUUAAAACAAAAAGGUAGUUUAUGUCGUCCAGCAUUUGAUCAAUGUGAUCUACCGGAAUUUUGUACUGGUACCCAUCCAUCUUGUCCAUUAGAUUUAUAUUUGGAAAAUGGUUCCCCGUGUUUGACACAAUCAACACAAUCACUACUUGGUACUGUAUCCGCAUCGUCGACAUCAUUGUCAGCCUUAUCCUCCUCAUCCACUACAACUACUAGUACUACAGUUGUACAGAAAAGCAAUAAUUCAUCAUCAUCACAGUUGAAUUAUUUAGUUGAAAAUCAUAAAUCAUUAUGCUAUCAAGGUCGUUGUCCAACACGUCAUAGUCAAUGUGAAAUGAUUUGGGGUGAACAAGCUACAGAAGCGUCUGAUUAUUGUUUUCAUUUACAUAAUACUAAAACUGACGGAGCUUGUGGUGUACAAGGACAGCAUUGUACUAUUGAACAUGCAAAAUGUGGCCUUUUACAAUGUCAAGGGGGUAGACCUAGACCAGUUUCAUUGGAAGCACAAUCUGGUCAACCAUUUGUUACGUAUACAGAACAUCAAGGACGUCAAUUUGAAUGCAAAUAUCUGUCUCAUACAUCUAAAGUUCGAUUUGUCCCAGAAGGCGCAUCAUGUGCGCCUGAUCGUUAUUGUUUUCAUCAAGAAUGUGUACUACCACAUGUUGUUUUCCAAUCAAACUGUCCAACUGGUCCAAUAAAUAAACAAUUAGAAAAUGGACAUAUCAUCUAUCAAAAUGUGACAUGUUCUGAUCAUGGUUUAUGUACCAAUGCUGGUUUCUGUUUAUGUCAUCCUGAAUGGACUGGUAAUGCUUGUGAAUUACCAUUAGUUAUUACUAAUCAAUCUAAUAAUAUCACAAAUGAUCAAAAUGAUAUUUUAUCAAAUUCAUCAUUAUCAUCAAUAGUUUCAAGUCAAUCAACUAUUAUUAUGAAUCCAUUGAGUUCAGAAGUUAUUCAUUGGAUAUGGGAUUAUUUAAAACAAAUGCAAAAAUCUUAUGGAAAUUCUCGAAAUUUUCAACUUAAACGAUUUAGUCAUAACAAUAACAGUAAUGGUGAGAAUUAUAAAGCUCCAUUGAAUACGUUGUAUUUAGUUUGUAUACUUGGAGUUGUUGUCGGUGGUGUAUUCCUAUUUCUGGCAAUUUUUAUGUUUAUUUACAGACGACGGGGUCGAUCUAAUAUUUUCAACAAAUCUUAUUAUAAUAAUCACAAUCAUCGAAAGUUUUGUGCAUUUAGUAGGAAUGGUUGUCGUCGUCGUCGUUGCUGUAGAAUUAAUCAAAGAAAUGCUGAUCUAUUAUCACCAAGAUCUAUUAAACAUAAUGGUGGUUCAUUACGUUUAUUUAAUACUAUUGAUUCAAAUUCAACAGAAUGUCAAGAAUUACAAAGUUCUAUGUAUGAUCGAUCUACUGUCGGUGUUGGAGGUGGUAGUUGUAGUAGUCAUGAUAAAUCAGGAUAUGAUAGACAUAAUCGUUUACAUCACGAUAAUAAUCAAAAUGAUGAUAACCAAGAUGAAGAAUGUUCACGACGUAUUCGUAGUCGAACUGGUAAUAGUCGUAAUAAAGAUUUAGAAUGUCAUAAUCAUCAUCGUCGUCAUCAUCAUCACCAUCAUUCAGAACAUAACAAUGAAAGUAAACAUCGACGUAAACAACAUAAUCGUAAUGGUAGUAGUAGUAAUAGUCAUGGAUUAAAAGAUAAAGUAGAAUUAUCAAGAAAAAAGAAAUUUGAUCGUAAGCAUAAAUCAUCUAGUCGAACUAGUGCACCUGGUAGUAGUGAUAUUAAAUUAUUGGAUUCAAUUGAAGGACAAUAUGGAAUUAAUUUUUCUGAUACUGAACUAACUUAUAAACAUUCAAGUAAUAAUAAUAAUAAUAAUGAUUAUCAUAAUCAUGAAGAUUUAAAUAAUAGUAUGGAUAGAAUAAUUAAAUUUGGCAGUAUGCCUUCAUAUAAAGAAGAUAAAAUAAAACAAUUGAAACGUACAGCUGAUACACUUCCACCUUUUAAAUCAUUAAAAAAUGGACAAUCAAUGAGUACAAGUGAAAAUACUGUUUAUCUAACAGAUUCAACAGAUAUAACUGUUAACUUACCAAAUUCUGAUUUAAAAAAUCAAGCUAAUUUAAAUGUACCAAUUUGUGGUACAUAUACAUCUUCACUUAUUGAACCUAAUGGUGGUGGUAAUAAACAAAGUAUUCAUCAAAAAUCUACAGUAUGUUGUGGAUCAGUUAGUGUAACAUCACCAUUAAUAACUGCUAUUACAUCAUUAGUAUCAUUAUCAUCAUCUACUGUACCUCCGUUAUUUCCAUUUUAUUCAACUGCAUACUCGAAAUCGGUUUCACCUAUGAAUUAUUUACCAACUGAUGAUUUAACUACUCAAACUACAUUGGCUAAUUCCAAUCAAAAUUCAUUAUUAUUACAUAAUGUGACAACAGCUGCAUUGGUUGGUGCAGGUCGAGCUGGAGCUAAUGCUGCUGCUGCGGUGGCGGCGGCGGCUGCUGCAAACCCCACACCAGCAGAAGUAACUACAACAAUAUCAACGACAGUCAUAUCUAGUGGAACAUUAGAUGUUAUGUCGUCUAGUAAUAAUGAAAUGUUAAUUGAUACUUGUUCAACAACAGUUUCUCCGGUAGAUACUUCGAAGGAUGUAAUGAAUGAUACACAGUUUAACAUCAUAAUGGAGAAUUCGUGGCGUCAACCAGAGAAAGGUAUUUUAAAGAAUAAAAAUGAAGGCGGCAGUUACAAUGUAAAUAAUUCUUCAUCGAUCAACACUGCCACUAAUCGUCGACAUCAUAGAAGAUCUUCAUCAUCAAUUAAUCAUAAAAAACAUCAUCAUCGUCAUAGAUCACCAUCAUCAUCGACAGCAACUGGUAGUCAUCAUCGAUCCGGGCAUAAACAUUCAAAAUCAUCACGUCAUCAUCAUCAUACUAGUACUAACACUAUGGAUAAUAAUGAUGCCGGUAUCAUGAAAAGAAAUGAUUCAUUCUCUGAUUGUUCUUGUCAUUUACAUGAAAAUGAGAAAAAGUUGAGAAAACAUCAUAGUCGUAAUCAUAGUCGGAGAUUAUCUCGACAGGGUAAUAAUACAGUAACUAAUCGUUCAAACAGUGUAAAUGAUGGAAGUUCACACUUAGAAUUUUGUUCAGUGUUAAAUGAUAUUAAUGGUAAUGAUGAUAGAAGCCCAAGUGGUAGUUCAUCUAUAUCAAGUCAUGGUUUAGAAUUUUUAUCAAGUCAUUCAUCAUCAUCGUCAUCAUCAUCUUCAUUAUGUGGAACACUAGCUACAUCUUCAUCUUCAUCAUCAUCUUCUACAUCAUCAUCAUUUACUGAUUUAAAUCCUCAUUGUCAUCAUCAUCAACUUCGUCAUCAUCAUUCACAUUCUAAUUCUCAUUGUCAUAAAGAUCAUGAUAAUAAUAAUAAUGAUGAUGAUGAUGAUGUACAAAGUUUGAGUUCAUCAUUUACUUCGUCUACUACAAGUACUUGUUCAACUGCUUUAGAAGUUAAUGUAAUCAAAUGUAAUAAUUCACAACAACAUCAACAAAAUGUUGAUCCUACAACACCAGAUCAUAAUCGUUCAAAACGACUUGAUAUUAUAAAUAAUAAAUCGAAUCGUUUAAAUCAACAAUCUAAAAAAAAUUGUUCUGAGAAUAAUCAAACUAUUCAAUGCAUUAAUAAUGAUAAUAAUAUUGGAACCGAUUCUAUUACAAUUGAAAGAGAGGACCAACGGAGUUCUCAUCGACACAGUCGUAAACAUCAUCGUCGCCAUUGUCGAUAUCGUAAACACCAUGGACAUCAUAAACGUCAUGGUGAAUCUAAUCAAGAAAUCUCUGGAACCAUUAAUCUUACCGGUGAAUCAUUAGGAUCGUCUUCUAGUACAACUAAUAAUUGUCAUUCUGGAAUUUCCGAAGCAUCUUCAUCAUCUUCUGGGCUAACGACAGUUUCUUAUCAUCGUCGACGUUCAAGAACACGAAGUAUAACGGAUGAAGAUUGUACAACUUCCGGUUCGCGAAGAAGUAGUCCUUUACCACCCGCUCCAACAAUAUUAUGUAAUGUAGGCCAGCAAACUGAUGAGUUGAGUUUAUUGAAAGUAGCUGGUCUUACAAUAUCGUCUAAAACCGGUGCUAAUUCUGAGUCAGCGAAGAAUAAUAAUAACAAUAAUAACACGAUUCAUAAUGAAAAUCGUAAAUCUUAUUUAGAUUCUGAAGGUGAAUGGGAAGAAAUUGAAUGUAAUGAAUCAGGUUGUGAAGAAUGUCAAAAUUCAAUUCACACAACAACAACAACGACUACUACUACUACUGAUAAAAGUAUUAGUAGUCUUGGAAAUAACCAAUCGAAACAUAUAACAACUACAUCACCUCCUAUGCUUUCUUCACCUUCUUCUCACCCAACUAUUUUUUUACAAAAUAGAAUGAAUCAAUUACAUUCAACAUCAUCAAAUAAUUUCAAUCCAUUAUGUGUAACAUUAAAUAACCAACAACAACCAUUGUAUAAUCUAUCAACUCCACCGGCUAACUCAUCAUUAUCCAUAAUAAAUAGUAAACACCAGUCGAAUUCGACUAAUUCAUCAUUAGGUUCAUCAAAAACAUCACGAUCUGCUGGUGGAUUUAGUAGCAGUGGUGGAAGUACUGGUUUAGCAAAUUUAUCAUCUCCACCACCACCACUUCCUCCAUCAUCUUUAUCGACCACUAACACCAUCAUCACGACUACUACCACUACGAAUAAUAAUAAUAGUGAUAAUAGUAAUCAUUCGAAUGUAAUAUGUAUGCCAUUACAACAAUACCAACAAUCACAGUUAUCAGGAAUGAAACAACAACAACAACCUAUCGGUAUGAUGAUCAACAAUAAUCAAACGAAAUUUAAUUCAGAAGAAUAUACUGGUCAACAUAGUGAACCAGAAGUUGAUGCUCAUUUGAAUAUUGGAUCAAUAAUAAAUCGUCAAAUAAAUGAACAACACAAUUUAGUGAAUAAAUUACAAACUGAUCCUAAUCAUCAUCAGCAGCAUCAACAUUAUAAUCCAUUUUAUCUACCAUCAAAAUCAUCUGUAAAACAUUCAUAUGCUCAAUCAUCAGAUUCACAAUCUCAAUUAAAUAACUUAUUAUUGCAUCAACAGGCCAAGUUAUCAAUUCAAAAUAAUAAUAAUAAUAAGCCGCCUAACUCUUUACAGUUAUUCACUUCACCUGAAAUCAUUCAUCGAGGUGUUAAUAAUAUGACAAACAAUAGAUCUAUAUAUGACUCAAGUCUUCAAAUGAUAGAUAAUAAUAAUACUCAUAAUAUUAUACAAGGUAACUUGGAGUUAUACUAUCAACAUCCAUAUGAAGAUGUUGCUACAGAUGAUUACGCUGAAACUAAUAGUCAUUUAAAUUGUACAUCUCUACAACAAAAUCAAUCUUUUAACCAAUCACUGUUAUCUUACUAUCCACAAUCGUAUUUAUCACCAACUGAACCAACACCACCACCACUACCACCAACAUUAACACCUGCACAACAACAUAUAUAUCAUCAACAUGAUAGCUGUAGUCCAUUAUUAUUACCGCCAGUAUCUACUAAUUCUCUGUUGUACAAUAAUGAAGUGAACAAUCGUUUCGGUUAUUCAAGAACAACAACAUUAGAUGAAGAUGAUAAACUAAGUUUAGAUGAAGACAGUGAAAUGAUGCAUUUUACAAAUUCACAAAUGAAUAAUAAUAAUAAUAAUAAUUCUCUCAAUGUUACUAUGACGACAACAACAACGACUACUAUUACUACCACUGCUACUAAUAUUAGUAAUGUUAAUAAUACUCACUUGAAUAGUAUGUUUAAUCCAUAUACUGUUGCAUUUAUCAAUAAUAAUCCAUCGAAUUAUAUUCAAUCGAAUCCAUCACAUCAUACUACUUUAUCACAUUUUAAUCCAUCAUAUUCUGUUUGGAAUACUAAUGAUUCAAUUCAUCAUCAUCAUCAUCAUCAUACGAAUAAUAUUAACAAAAAUUAUAGAAUAAACGACAAUUCGACAAUCAUUUAUCCUAGUGAUCAAAUGAAUAAUACCAACGAUGGUGUUGUCGGUAUUAUAGGUUCCAAUGGAAGUACACAUCCUCUAUUAACCGAUAUUGAUGAUGUAGGAAGCGAUUUUAGUCUGUCUGCUUUUCGUCGUAAUGAUGAUAUUUGUGGUCCUUCAUCGUUAUCAAAUCGAAUGCUCAAUAAUAACAAUAGUAAUAGUAAUGAUGUCAUUAUGAAUAAACUCUUACCAUCAUCACAAACCACACAAUUACAACAUAAUAAUUAUCAGAUAAUUCAACAACAAUCUACGGAACAUCAUAGUUCUAGUGAUAUUGCUGGCAUGAUGGAUGUUCGUAGUAAUGAUGGAACAUGUGAUGAAUCGGAUGCUAGUUCACUGCCAGAACAAGGCUGUGAUUUAAUGCAUUUAGCUCAAUUACGUAUAUCAGCUAGACCGAACCCAUUAUUAAAUGAUUUAGCAAAACAACAGGUACAAAGAAACAAUAAAUAA